UCUACAACCAGUUUGCACAAUACAUUCAUACGUCUGGCUUUUUAAGCAAACUUAACAACUCGUUCUAAUAAUUAUAUCCCAGUCUUGCAUGUCAACUAGUUUUUGAGCCAUGUCGUGCGACGUCAGCAGAAGCGUUCCCUUUUUAUGGCUCUCUUGACCUCUGGCCUAACAGGCUCCUGCUUUCUGGGAAGUGCUGGCCUUCAAGUGUGAGAUAAGGUAUUCUCCAUGUGUUGAGAUGAAAACGGUCAGGGACUUCGAAUUGGAGGGGAGAGGCUGGGCACUCAACUCUUCAUAGAGGACCUAUUAAGCCAUAUGUAUGUGUGUGUAUACCGGUGCAUAGAAAAGGGAACCUCACAAUGUAAAAAAUAAAUAAAUAAAUAAAAAAGGGUGAGUCCUUGUACUAAACAUGAGGCAAAGAUUGGUUGUACUAUGGUUCCUGGCUACAAUCGGAUCAGGAGCCUCGCUUUCUUAGGCGGGAAAGGAUCUGUUGUGGUUUUAAAGUAACGGAGAAGGCUAUUCACAGGUAAGUUGGGUAAGCCUUGAUUAAUGCACUUGUACGGGUUUCUUUGGAUUGUGUGACUGUUGAGAAGUGUACUGAAUGCAUGCUGUUGAAAAAGGCCUGUUUGGAAUGUGUAACUGAUCCCUCUCCUCUGUUCCUUUUGCUCCCUAAGGGGCUUAUUGGCUGGGUUUAAGAGUUAUGACCUCAUGGGAACUCAUAAAUAAGCAUAAACAUGAAAAUAAAUGGCUCGAAUAUAAUUGUAAUAGGAUUGAAGUCACUGGGUUUACAAAGGAGGAAGUGAGGGUGUCAGAGUAAAUGAAAGUGAAACCAGUCUUGAGUUUCUGCAAUGUCAUCAUGGGUGGGGAAUGGGAUUGGUUUGCUGGUUUAUUUUUUAUCUAACAUGAUUUUGUGCACAUACAAUAAAAGGCAAAACAAUGAACACGACUGAGUUAAGUUUCUUUCUUUGUCCUUUACUAUUCUCUGAUCUAUGUAGACACGAUCAUACAUGUAAAUGAGACUAGAAGACAGUUCAUCUGCUUCCCUUUCUGCUUGUCUACCAUUUUGUGGCGGCUGUUCGCCUUUCCCCUGUGCCUGCGUGUGGGGGGGUCCUGCCGAGAACAGCUGACUGAGUGGGUGGGUGGACUUUGCACCUGUAGGCCUACAUAAUAUUAGUCAUUAUGUGACUGAUGAGUUGCUUACUGUGGCAAAGAGUAAAAUUAUUUCUUAGCACACUACGAUCAGUAAGCAUUCUUUUUUUUAGAUGUAGGCUACGCCAGUUUUGUUUAGUUCAACAUCUGUCAAAAUGAAGUACUGAAAAACUGCUAUAUUUAAAUAACUAGACUUGGAGUGUAGUGAAGUAGUUUCUGUAGAGGGAAUUGCAGGGCUCUGUGAAGAAUAGUUUCUUUCUUGUGUGAUGACCUAGAAUGCAAAUUAAUGGCAUUUUAUUUGAUUUAGGUGCACAUUGUUAAGUAUGGAAUACAUUUUUAUUGUUUUUUUUUCCCCUAGCAUUCAAAAUAAAAGUGCUGGUCCAGCACAAGUUAAAUAUUAGUAUGAGGCUUUGAUAUGACAUUGGUUGCGAGGACAUUAAUUCAAUUGAAAAUAGUACAUCAUAAGUAAAAGCAGCAACAACAUAAGAAACUCGCAUUUGAAUACAGGCUUUUGUCGCAUACUAGCAGCUCACUAUAUGGAACCGGAAAUGCGAAGCAAGUGGUAAUCGACGCCAUUUCAUGUUUCAUUCAUUUGAAUUGGCGGCCCUAGUCGUGUCUUCGGGAUAGCGGACAGAGGAAGUGGAAAAAAACAAACAGCAGCCACAAAAAUGGUGAAAAUAUUUGUGGGCAACCUGUCCGAAAGCACAACGAAGGAGGAGUUGCAUGCUCUCUUUGCGGAGUAUGGAAAGAUAUCGGAAUGUGACAUCGUCAAGAACUUCGGCUUUGUCCACAUGGAGGAGCAGUCGGAGGCGGAGGAGGCCAUCCGCAACCUGCACCACCAAAAGCUCAACGGCCAGGAAAUGAACGUGGAGCUUAGCAAAGGUAGGCCCAAGGGCGGCCGCAACCGAGGCUCGACCAAGCUCUACGUGAGCAACAUCAGCCCCGAGUGCACCAACCAGGAACUGAGGUCCAAGUUCGAGGAGUACGGGCCCGUGCUCGAGUGCGACAUUGUCAAGGACUACGCGUUCGUGCACAUGGAGCGAGAGGACGAGGCCAUGGAUGCCAUCAAAGGCUUGGACAACUCGGCUUUCCAAGGCAAGCUGAUGAAUGUACAGCUGUCCACGAGCCGUCUGCGUACCGUGCCGGGAAUGGGGGACCACGCCGGCUGUUACGCCUGCGGGAAGCCGGGCCACUGGUCCAAAGACUGCCCUCGGGGGCAGAACGGCGGUAGCUAUGGUGGCGAGGGAGGAGGAGGCGGUUACCGCGGAGGUCGUGGCUACCCCCCGGGGCCCCCCGCGUACGGCCGCCCUGGCCCCGGUUACGGCCGUCCCCCCGGUAUGAUGCGUGCGCCGCCCGACUACAUGAGCAGCCCCAUGUACGGCCGCGUGGCGGGCUACCCCGGUGCCCCGCCGCCCCCCGUGAGCCGCUACCCCGGUUACGGCGCGCCUCCGCGGGACUACGCUAGUGACGGCCGCGACCCUUACGCCCACGCCAGGGCGGCCAUGGCUUACCCGCCGGAGCGCUCGGCCGCCUCCGCGUACGACCGCGACCGCUACUCGGCGGCCGCAGUUGACUACUACGAGAAGUACCGAGCCCGUCCAUACAGCUCCUUGUAUCCGGACGACCGGCGCCUGUCCAUCCCGCCGCCCCCGCCACCGCCCUCGUCCUCCCUGGUGUCCAGGAUGCGGCUGUCGUCCGGCCUGGACCCGUACGAGCGCUCUGCAGCGGCGUCGGCAGCCGCCAUGUCCAGCUACGCGGCGGUGCGGGACCGCAGUCCCAUUCGCCGGGUGCCGGUCUCGGCCGGAGUCUCGAGCUACGCGUACGAGCGCUCGCGCCUCUCCCCGGUGUCCAGGAGCUCUGUCUCUGCCUACGCCAUGCCGCGCUCCAGCGAUCCUUAUGCCAAACGGCCGCGGUACAUUUGAGUUUGGAAAAAAUAUUAGCGAAGGUUUGAGUGUGUCUAAGAUUUUUUUUUUUUUAAACCAUUUAAUUUUUAAAUCUGGCACAUAUUCCUGAUCAAGAUUUUUUUUUUUCUGGCUUUUUGGGUAAUAUUUGGGUAUAUCUAGGGCUACGCUACGUGGUUCUUUUUUGCUGAUGUAAUAAUAAAAUACGACAACAUGAAAUUCACGUCCACUAUGACACUUCGGUUUGAUUACAUUCAUAUUUGUCAUUGAAAACAAAAAAGGUAUCUCACGAUUUUGAUUCUGGACAUUGUUUUUUCCCCUGACUUUUGGUUUGGAUUUGUUGGUGCGUGUGUGUGCGUGCAGACGCUGCAGACAGACGAUGUCUUGAAGUGAGCUAUGUGUCGUGAGGACAAUCUGCUUGAGUUCCUCAAGCUGUAGAGAAUUUUACAAAGAGAUUUAAAGCUUAGCUGCUACCUGUUAAAGGAUAACUUCUGCCAAUCUCAACAUGCAGUUGUAAUGCCCACAUUACCCUGGACAUGUCAGUACAUGAGAAUUUGUAUUUUUCCUUCAGCCUUUUCCGAGAUCCUGGUCAUUAUAAUGGGGCAGGUGUAUGUUAACGUUUAAAAAAAUGCAGCAUCACCAGGACGAGUCAAGGGUAGCGUGAGCAAUAAAACAGCAUAUUCAAAUUGGCAGGAGUUCUCUUUUAAGUGUAAAUGGCAAAACAUUCCAUUUUCUUUCUUCAGAUUAUCCCCCAGUUUUUAUGAAUAGGUUCAGCCCACAAAAUGUGACUCGUCUAAUCCAAAGUUUCUUAACUGUAAAAAAAAACUAUUAUAAAGUCGCCGCUGCUGCUGUGUGUGGUAGGUUUUUGUUGGUUUGGGUAGUGACGGAUUCAAUGCGCAUCCAUCACUAUAAUUGUUAUUUUGGUUUGAUGAUGAUUUUGUCCCCGCUUUUUUUGGGACGCCUGUUUUAAGAGGACUGUCUGCAUAUUGUAUCCUCUGUCUUGCCUGCAGAAACUGAGAACUACCACUGCGCAAAAUAAGUGACUUGUUUGAAGGGAAGGUGCAGCCAUUUUUUAGUUUGUUUUGUCGUUUGUCACGCCAGCAAUGGCUUCUGCAAAGCUGCAUCGUCUGACUGACUGCGAUCGUUGUUGAAAGUGAAGAGUUUUUAUAGCAAUAUAAUGGCCCCAGUCCAAAAUGUUCACUCCUGACACUUAACACUUAAUGUUUAGCAUUGUGUCGUGACGGUGUAGGGGGGACACGCAGUGUUUACUAGCACCCCACUGUAUGAUAAUGCAACAGGUGAGUAAAAUGAGUGGGCUUUUUGGACAAAGCCGAAGUGGGUCAAAGAUGUCCAACAUGAAAUUGUCCUUCAGUGCAACAGAUACUUUUGCUUUCUGUAACUGCAAAAAAAAAAAUCCAUUUUAUUUUCAAGUGGCUUUCAUGCAUUCACUUGAACAAUAAUAAUAAAAAAAUCAAGUUUUUUUUUUUUACAAUUAUGUAACAGUAGACAAAAGUAUCUGUUGCACUGAUUGACAAUUUCAUAUUGGAUGUCUUUGACCCAAGUGUGAUUGAUGUGUUUGAUGAGCGAAUGGUCACUCAGAACAGCCAUAUUUGCGCCAGGCCAGCUGUGGCCCCUGUUGGGUGGCACUGCCUGGAUUCCUUUGCAGUGGUCUUCUGUAGUUUGUAUAUUUCCUACCCGUAUCAGAGCGUGUGGUUUUUGAAAUAUUUUUUUGUAAUAAACCAAAGUAUUUUGGUGA